GAAUUAAAAAUGCGCUCCUCCGCCUUGUCACCACUGUUGUGCGCAUUUUCUUGACGAGCCCGCGUUCCCACAGCAUGGUGCUCGGACUCAGAGGCUCAGCACUGCUUUCCUCAUCACUCACCGUUAAAGUCGCGCGGACGCCUAAUUAGACAGCAGAGCACGCGCUGCACCUGUCCCCCCCCACCUUCACAGAAGAGAUGCAGGAGGUGGGCAGCACCCAGAAAGGCGCUCAGCGGGCAUUCAGUGUCCUGGAUCGCCUGCUCAUAACUCAUCCUGUGUGGCUCCAGCUGUCACUCAACCAAGACUCUGCCCUCUAUAUCCUGCUCAGAGAGCCUGUCGGGACGUUUUUGGUGCGAAAAUGCAGCUCCAGCCAGAGGAAGGUGCUGUGUUUUAGGAUGACAGCCGAAAGAAGUACCUCCUCUGUAAAGGAGUGCUUCAUCUGUGAGGAGGACUCCACAUUCGCCUUGGAGAGCUCAGCACUCAGCUUCCCUGACCUGUGUCGACUUGUGGCCUUCUACUGCAUCAGCAGAGAUGUGUUGCCCCUCCCGUUGGAGCUACCUGAUGCUAUCGCCAGAGCUACAACACACCGGCAACUAGAGGCUAUCUCACACAUGGGACAAGAUUUCUGGAAUGCACCGAGUGCUUCAGAGCUCCAAAAUGGACCGGUGGAUCCCAUCCCAUCGACCAGCGGCAGCAGCCAAAGUCAGAAGACAGUUACCCUGGACCAGUGUACCCUGCUGACCCGGGGCAGGCAGGGCAAACUUUGCUUUAUCAACCCACUCUUCCUACAGUUGGAGGUUAAGCAACCACAACUCGUAAACCACAGUGCCUCCAACAAACGGCACCGCUUCAAGCGAAGCAUGCGACUCCGGCUCUCCGAGUCCUCCAUGAAUCUGUCCCUGGAGGGGAUUGGCUCCUACUCACCUCCGACGUCUCUGGAUAAUCCCAUAGACUCAGAGAGGCUGCAGAAGGCCGGCACCAACCAACAGAGAAGAGUUCAUCCUGGGGCAGGGGUGCUGAGAAGAACCCCUGCUGUGUCACCUGGUUCUGCAGAUGAAGAGGACAUGAUGACUGUUCAUGUGCAACAAACAUCUACAAAGGAGGGGUCUCCACAGCCCCAGCAGGCCGGCCAAGCAGCUGAGCCAGGCACCGAGGUGUCAGCUCUGGCCUUGGAGCGCCGCCCGGCCCCGUCGUUGGCCGAGCUCGACAGCAGCAGCUCCUUCAGCAGCAUGGAUGAGGACAAUGACUCAGAUUCAGAUCCUGAAAGCAUGGCCAAAGCCAAAACUCACAUGUACCCACGCCCACCGCUGGUGCGCUCUCGAGGCCGUGGUGGGCUGCACCGUAUGAGCGAGGCGUUCGUGUGUUUCUUUGCUCCGGAUAAGCGGCUGACGCGAUUGGUGGAGGAGCUGUCCAGAGACAGGAGAUCCACCUUUGGAGGCAUGGUUCAGGAUUUCCUCCUGGCUCAGAGAGAGGUGCUCAAAUCCAUAGCUUCCUCUUCUUCUUCCUCUUCCUCGUCCCGUGUGACCUCUGUGCAGCUCCUGCAGGGUCUGCGGCUCUUUUUGUCCCAGGCGAAGUGCUGCCUGCUGGAUAGCGGAGAGCUGGAGCCUCCCAUUGAGACACUGGUGCCAGAGAACGAGAAAGACCUGGCGCUGGAGCGGGCUAUGUUCUCCUGUGUGCUCAGGCCUCUGCGCUCACACCUUGAUAAAGCUCUGGUCGAGUUGCAUAAUCAGGACAGCUCCAGCCAGCGUCUCACCCAGAACAUGCUCCGUCUGAAGGGAGACGCAGCCAUGGAGCGGCUUGGCGUGCGGACGGGCGUUCCUGACAGCCGCGAGGUGGAGAGGGUGAAGCAGAAGCUGAUCCUGAUGCAGCGCACGCACUCGCCCAUCGACAAAGUGCUGCUUUUGCUGCAAGUGUGCAAGUGCGUCCUUAAGGCCAUGGGAUCCUUACAUGGACAGGAAGUAAGCUGGGAUGACUUCCUGCCGUCUUUGUCGUACGUGAUUGUGGAGUGUAACAGGCCUCACAUCCUGAUCGAGGUGGAGUGUAUGAUGGAGCUGCUGGAGCCUUCCUGGCUUGGAGGAGAGGGAGGGUACUACCUGACCAGUGUGUAUGCCAGCCUGUGUCUGCUCCAAAACCUGGACAGGGAGCAGCCGAUCUCAGGCUGCUUGACGCCGGAGGCUCAGGAAGCGCUAAAAGAGUGGAGCUGCAGACGAAGCCGAGAAGCCCAGAGACAAAAGGAGAACCAGCAGAACCAAAGGUGCGUUCGGAUACUGUUCCAGGACGGGGAGCGGAGCGCCGUGCGGACGUUGCAGUGGAGAGCCGGAGAAACCAGCCAGGCCCUGGCGCAGCUGUGUGCCUCCACUUUCGGAGUGUCCGACCCGCAGCAAUACACCCUGUACUGGCGCAGCGGCGGCGAGAUGCGGGCCCUCCCGCCUCAGGCUCAGCCCCAGGACCUGGCCAGCCACAGUGAGGGAGGCCCUUCGCUCUCCUACCUGAGGACCGACCACGACUUCAGCAAGAUGCGGCGGCUCACCAGAGGUGGCGCCGUGGACCUGAGCGAGUCGGUGUGUGAGGAGUGAGUGGGAGGAAAAGAGGGAGGAGGGAGGAGGAGGAGGAGAUGGAUGGUUGCUCUGGCUUUCUCUCUCUUUCUCUCUCUUGUUCUGUCUCUUUCUCUUCGGCGCUGUGUUGUGUCUCGUCGUGGCUCAGGACUUGUUGUUGAAACACUUCAGCCCUUCUCCAGACCAGGAGCAGACCUGAAACGGUAAACUCUUCCCUCAAUGGACCAACAUGCAGAGCUCAGCAGGACCAACACAGGGACUGUUGCCAAAAGUUGUGCUGUGCAGCUCUCAGUGUGGCUGCUGCUGUAAAGGAGUGUACUAUUUGUGACAUGGAAAAUGUGUAAUAAAUGGAUUUGAUUGUAAUCUGAAACAUGAACCCAGAGUUAUACCAUGAAGGGAUUACAUCAUCCAAACGUGAAGAGGCUCAAAUCCAAAGACAAAUCUGUGAGACUACUGUUGCCUGGAAACAAAACCACGUCCUGUACGCACAGGAGAAGGCAAAUGACCCACCAUGGUGAUGUAACCCUUUCACUGUAUAGUUCUGGGCCAAAUCUUAAAGACACUUGGAUGUUUUCUUUCUUCACUUUUAUGUGUUUAAGUCUGCAGAGCUUUGAAUGGAACCUCCUUUUUAAAUCUGGGGAAAUAAACCUUUCUGUGCCCCUUUGAGUACAGCUUGACAAAAGAUGUGUUAAAGCCAAGACCAAACUUUAAUACCAAAGUGACAAAACAAAAAAGAAGAGGCUAUUUUGUGUUGCAACAGGUGGAAGAAAUCAGGUUUACAAGCUUAAAGGAAGGUUUAUUUUUAGAAUCACCCACAGAGACUAUAUUUAUUUUUGCUUUUGAGGAAAAAAAGCGCAGCUCUCCUCCGUUCUCGCGUAUUCUAUUAAGUGUUUUUGGCAGGUGGAGUAAUGAGCGAGUAGGAGGGAGGUGAUAGAAAAGCAUCAGCUCUCAGAUUUUUUUUAAGAACAUGUGAAAAAGCAUCACAUCGACGCUCUGAGAUAACCUGCAACAGAUUUACUGAAUGACUUGCGAAUGUAUUAAGGUCUUUUUUUUGCCUGUCAGAAUUUAAUCCUUUCACAAACAUUCAUUUCAUGUUGCUUUCCAGUUCUUCUGUUUCUCUUGGCCGUGAUGUAAAAACAAAACAAGCGGACUGGGAGGACAGUCGGACCGAUACACCAGCACCUCGACGUGACUGGUUGAAUGUAAAUUUUUCAAAAACGUCACCAGCUUCUGGCGACUCUUGCUGCAAGUCAUCACCACCACCAGACUGUUGGAUCAGUAUCACCCUCGAUGAUCAUAUUGUGUAUUUUAAAGCUAACUUUGAAUUGUUCGAUUUGUUGGGUAGAUAUCAAACCUAAGUAUGGAUUUUCAACAGUUUCUAACCAGCCGAGGAGGUUCAUUUUUGAGAACUUUUGACGUGUUUUUUGGACAUUAUUGCAUGCUUUUUUCAUUUUAACGUAAAGGUUCUGCGAAUGUGGUGUGUGCGUGAAGCAUGUGUUCAACGUGAGAGCUCACUAUUUCUUUUCAGUGUGGAAACACAUCAAUGUAUUUUUUUGUCAGGUAACUCAGUAUCGCAAUAAAAAAAAUUGCAAUAUCUGUUCACAAUGUCCCAUACAGUUUUGUCUUGAGGGAGUUUGGACGUCUUGCACAGAUUCAACCAC